CUGCAAUUCAUUCCUUCUGUAUCAGUUUGUUUCUCAGCAGCAACUUACUAAGGAGGCAUGGAGGCUAUUCAGGUUCAAUCAGUUCCAUCUGUAAGAAUAGCUGCAUGCAUGAUUGUGCCUGAGGUUCUUAAAGAAAAUAAUUAUGAAAGAUGGUGCAUUUUCAUGAAACACUAUUUCGGGGCUCGAGACCUUUUGGAUGUGGUUCUAUCAGGCGAAAUGCCUCUUGACGAAGACCCAAGGGAUUGGAUUAAAAAGAAUGAUUUAGCUCUGCAUGCAAUGAAGAUUUCAUGUGGAGUAGAAAAGUUUGAUAAGAUUAAGGAGAUGAAUUCAGCACAAGAUGCGUGGAAUGCGUUGGCUGACUUGCAUAAACAAAAAAAUGAAGACGGGGGCAAAGGAAGCGAAACUGGCAUCGCGAUUCUUGAGAGGGAACAAGCCAAAACAUUGCUCAAGGACAUAAGAAGGGGGGAUUCUGAUGCCGUAAAGAAAGUAUUUGAAACACAUCCGUAUUCUGCAAGUGCAUUAGAAAAUGGUUCCACUGCCCUUCAUGUUGCAAUUACUACUAAAAUGUUAGGGUUGGCUAAGGAACUGAUUUCGGAGAUGUCAGAAGAUGAGCUGGAAACACAAGAUAAGAGUGGUAGGACAGUUCUUUCCUUGGCUGCUUGUAACAGAUUCCAUCCAGAGAUCCUAAACUGUAUUGUAAAAUGUUUGGUGGAAAAGAACAAAAAAUUGCUUGAAAUCCCAGACAGCAACCAGCGGAUCCCACUAGUUUUGGCAUGUGCCUCACAUCACAGAUGGAUGACAGCUUAUCUUUAUUCAGUGACACCUAUGGAAUUUCUAGAUCCAGUAUAUGGCGACCAUGGAUUCUACCUCCUCAGAGAGUGUAUAAGGAACCACAUGUUCGGUGUAAACGUACCUAUCAUUGAGAAUCCGCUGGAGGCUGAUAAAUGGAAGACGUUUUCAACAAAGCCAAAAGCCAAUCCCGAUAUAGUCUGGAGCCUUGAUCCUGAGCAUUCAAGAGACAUGUUAAUGUAUGCAGUAGCAUAUCGUCAAAAGGAAAUUGCUGCUUUUCUUUAUCAUGAACUCGAUGUGUGGAGGGAUUCGGCAGCUUUUACCAUCGAUGAGGAUCACAAUAAUAUUUUACAUCUGGCAGCAAAGUUAGUUCCCAGUUGUCCCGGUAUUUUAAUUCCUGAUCCAGUUCUUCGGUUGCAAAAGGAAGCAAUGUGGUUUAAGGAGGUUGAAGGCCUUGUUCCACAAUUGGUUAAGGACGAGAGAAAUAAAGAUGACGAAACUCCUUUAGAAGUGUUUAGAAGGGAACACCAGGGUUUGCUUAAAGAAGCUCAAACAUGGGUGAAAGAUACAGUAAAUUUUGCCGCAAUUAUAGGUACUCUCAUCGUUGGUGUUAUGUUUGCAGCAAAUAUUACUGUUCCUGGUGGUAAUAAUGAUCGGGAUGGCCUUCCCAUCUUCUAUAAAAGAUCAGCUUUUCAGCUAUUCUUUGGAACGGAUGGAGCUUCUCUUAUCUUUGCAUCUCUUUCAGUCUUGAUCCUUUUGGAUAUCCACAAAUCGAGUCUUACGGUGGAAGAUUUUCUAAAUGGAAACUUGAACACCAAGCUGGCUACGGGGUUUUAUUUGCUCUUCUGGUCCAUUGGAACCAUGCUAAUUUGCUCUUUUGCUUCUAUUAGGCUUGUGGAUCGCCAAAGUCCUUUGGCGAUGCAGAUUAUAUUUGCUGCUAUCAUUAUCCUUCCAUUUAUCAGCCUUUUUAGAUCAAACCUUAAACCUUUUUUUAAGAUUUUUUAUUUCUUUUAUAUCCGAGGACUGACAGCAAGCCGAAGACUGAGAGAAAUCCGAGGACUGAUAACACCACGUGCUGUUGUUUUCAAAUAUCUCCUUUGAACAAGUCCACAAUCCUGCUUCAAUAUAUAUGGCUUCUUUCAGCGUAAUAAUAUUAUUAAUGUUAAAGUUUGUUUUGACAUUGUAUUUUAAGUUAGAUGGUGUAUCAGUAAUUCAGUUUAACUAUUAAUAAUUGUUAUGUUAGGGG